GCGUUAUUGCUCCACAGCUGGAUACAUGAGCAGAAGGCUGGCACGCGGUCCAGCUGCUUCUGAUACACCAACACACAUCACAUCCAUAACUCGCUUCCGAACGCGCCAGGAGAUGACUUGUGCGCACUGUAGGGUUAAUGUACCGAAAGAUUCCCCGUAGAGGCCAUUCAAAAAACCGCCAGCUUCAACUCCGAAGAGGGAUCCGAAUGCAUCUCUUCUGAUGACUUCUUUUUCUUUUUCGAUCAUCGGCGCGUCUCUCUGCAGGACCCGGUGUUCCCACUCCGCAGCCAAACAGGCUUUAUGAGUUCGGUGGUGCUGGUGAUGUAACGCUUUUCCUCUCAGUACUCACUACGCAACUGUUAACCUGUCGCCUUCCUCUCUCAGAGCAUGGGACACUUCAAACUCUAAAGCGAGAGGCACGAGAGUCAAACCGAAAAAAGGGAGAAACCGAGGGAAAAAACCGAGGAAAGGAACAAUGGAGUCCAUAUCGUUGGAGCAGUCUGCCGCGGUGGACGAGCUGGUGGAAGCGAGCAUCCAAGCCUUUGAUGAGAGGGGCACUUUGAAGGAUGAGUCCGUGGUCCGCAUGUUUCUCAUGAUGCACCCUUGGUACAUCCCUUCAACUGACAUGGCUAAGAAGCUAGUGCUCAAAUCUCAAGAGGAGAGCUGCACUGCUGAGCGGCGAACAGGAAUAUGUCACCUUGUCAAGUACUGGAUCUCUGAAUUUCCAGCAGAGUUCAAUCUGAGCCCGGAGCUGGCUGACCAGAUCAAAGACUUUAAAGACCUCUUGUCCACUGAAGGCAACGCGAGCCAGAGUCAGCUCAUUGACCUCGACAGUGUGCCGUCGUAUAAAUGGAAGCGGCAGGUGACUCAGCGUGUCCCAUCAGUGUCCAAAAAGAGGAAAAUGUCCCUGCUGUUUGACCACCUUGAUUCCUGUGAACUGGCUGAACACCUGACCUACCUGGAGUACAAAUCAUUCUGCAAGAUCCUGUUUCAGGAUUACCACAGCUUUGUGAUGCACGGCUGCACAGUGGAUAACCCCAUCCUGGAGCGUUUCAUCACCCUUUUCAACAGCGUCUCCCAAUGGAUCCAGCUCAUGGUGCUCAGCAAGCCCACCGCUCCGCAGAGAGCCGCCGUCAUCUCACACUUCAUCAGGGUGGCACAGAAGCUACUGCAGUUGCAGAACUUCAACACGCUGAUGGCUGUGGUGGGCGGCCUCAGUAACAGCUCCAUCUCUCGUCUCAAAGACACACAGACCCACAUCAGUGCAGAGACCAACAAGGUUUUUAAUAACCUCAUUGAACUGGUGACAUCGUGUGGGAACUACAGUCAAUACCGCAAGCGCUUCUCCGACUGCUCGGGUUUCCGGUUCCCUAUCCUUGGCGUGCACCUGAAAGACCUGAUUGCCGUGCACGUGGCGCUGCCAGACUGGGCUGACAAAGAGAAAACACGGGUCAACCUGGCUAAGACCCAACAGCUGUACACCAUCCUUCAAGAACUGGCGAUGAUCCAGACCACGCCGCCUCACGUCGAUGCCAACACAGACCUGCUCAACCUGCUUACGGUGUCUCUAGACCAGUACCACACUGAGGAGGAGAUCUACCAGAUGUCUCUACAGAGAGAACCUCGCAAGCCAGCGCAGAGCUCCAGCCCCACCCCCGCACCUGAACCCAAGUCCACCAUGAUCGACGAGUGGUCUGUGUCGGUAAAGCCCAACGCCGACCCGACUAUCAUCAAGAAACACAUAGAGAAGAUGGUAGAGUCAGUAUUCAAGAACUUCGACUCAGACGGCGACGGCCACAUCUCAAGGGAUGAAUUUGAAGCGAUCAGGAACAACUUCCCGUACCUCAGCAAGUUUGGAGAACUGGACAAGAACCAAGACGGGAAGAUCAGCAGAGAAGAGAUGAUAGACUACUUUAUGAAAGCCAGCUCUCUGCUUAACUGCAAGAUGGGUUUCAUCCACACUUUUACUGAGAGCACCUACGUCAAGCCCACGUUCUGCGAGCACUGCGCCGGCUUUAUAUGGGGCUUCUACAAGCAAGGCUACAAGUGUAAAGCCUGCGGGGUGAAUUGCCACAAGGCCUGCCGAAGCCGCCUGGCUGUCGAGUGCCGGAAGAGGACAAAGAGCAUAAGCCACGAGACGCCGCCGGCCCUCCAGGCCAGAUCCUACAGCUUUCCUCCACCUGCCAACUCUCCACUCAGCCUGCAGAACACAGUGAUCGCUGAAGAGGAUAUAGAGACAGUGGAGGAAGGGGUGUUUGAUGUCCACCUAUAACCAGAAUCCCUCCUACGGUUGGAGUGCAAGAAGCCAAAUCAGCGACUGUCGGGAGCCAGACACAGAAUGUGCUACAGUAUGUCAGUUUCACGACCCUCAACACUGAUGAGAAAUUGCACUGAACACAAGCCAGGAUACCUACAUGCUGCCACACAGUGGACACACGGUGCAACAGCAACUCCACUUAACUCACACGAAUGUAAAGACCAAUGUGAAUGGAACGUCUUUGUAUGAUGUCAAUGUACAAUUUCUGCAUUUUGAUUCUGUAUUUGGCCACAAGUGUUACUGUAAAACUUAGUAUAUAUAAAAAAAAAAACAUCCUUAAAAUUGUAUUUUCUUCGUGGAAUGUUAAAGUCAGUGGAGUUUAUCAUUUUAGCACACUUUGCUGCAAAUUGGAAUGGCUCUCUACGUUUUGUCUGUAAAACAUAAAAGAGGUGCCGUGAUUGCCAAGAAUGUAAAGCUGCCACCCAGACAAAGCUACUGUCUUCUUUGUCUGAGAAGCUCUCUAUUGAAAUACAUUUCAAUGGACAAAUAAUAGGACCAAUUUUGAUGUCAGAUAAAAUGUUGUUGAUUUGUGGUGCCCGUCUGAAGCAUGAUGACAAAAGCAAAUAUUUUGCCAAGAACAGAAACAGCUGUGUGGACAGUUAUAAUUAGGAUGGACUUUGAUCAAUGUGAUAUUUUUGUUAUGUUUACCUGAAUAUCAGUAACCGUCCUAGUGUUAUUGCUGUGGUGUUGUUGUCAGUAUACAGUACUGUCUUGUACCAGUGCACUGAUAUAUGAUCUACCCUCUUGCAGUACUGUGAAUGUAGCACACACACAGUGUAAUGCUGCUGUCAGAUAAAGAUCUCAUUCUUCCCAAGACUGUAUGUUGACGGUUGAGAGCAGGAGCCUGGCUAACUUCCCACUGAUGUCUCUAUCAGGUUUUGUUCUCAGCUUUGAGACUGUCAGUGAAAAUAAAUCAAAAAUUAUAAUUCCACAAUUGGAGUAAUGAAGCUUUUAAUUUGACAGCAGUGUUUAAAUCUUAUAUUAUUUCCCUGAGAAUCUUCUUAGAUGCAAGUUGUAUUUUGCCGUUUUUAUCCUGCAUGGCUCUAUUCUCCAGCCAGACUUCUCUGUUGCUGAGGAUUUUUUAUUUAAUUUUAUUUUUUAAAUGUAGCACGCCAAGUUAUCAUUUAUUUAGGAAACAUGAAGUGUUGAAAUUCCAGACAGAGGAAAUGUUUCUCUUGCUUUGUGCCUGUGGAGAGAUGAAUUCAGACUUUGAGUGCCAUAUUGUUAAGAGCUGGUUUGUUAUUGAAUGAGACCUCCUCACAUUGCUGGUAUUUAUUUUUCUGUAUAAAUAGCUAAAUAGCUGCCGGUCCUUUUUGUGUCACUGCCUGCUGGCGGAUGAUGUUUGUUGUCAUUCUGUGAAUGAAUCUUUCAGACUGAUGUCAUGCUACUCCGUGUGGUCCCAAGACGAUACCCCAGUAUUAAACGCAGCAGGCAUCACUCCAAUGUGUUCUCAUUAAGGUUUUGUCUCGUCUUUCUGAAAUGGAACACUUUUGUCCUUAUGAAUCAAAAGUUUUAUUCACUUUGAUGAUCCUCCGCUUUCACUCCAACAGAGGAUAUUUUCAGCUUUUAGCAGCUGCUUUGAUCUAAAAAUACAGUCUCAUCUACUUACUUACAUUUCUGUUAAUUCUGGUAAUCCCAGGUGAAAGCUGGCUAUUUUGUGUGAUUUUCAUGUUUAAACUUGAAGAAUUAAAAUGUAAGAAUUAA